UUACGUCAGAUCCUGGAAUGAUGGCGAGGCAGACCACUGCAAGACAAAAACAAAGCGUCUGGAUAUUAAUAUAAAGAAAUUGAAAUCAUAGAAACACGACUCACAGUCACAAAGUUGAGCUGCUAAACGGCAUGGCGGCUGAGGAGGUGAGGGAAGUAGUUCGCGUGAGAGUAAAGAAGUGUGAAGGGUUCCAGCAGCCUGAGUUUCGCUCCUUCGCAGUGGAUCCACAGAUCACUUCACUGGAUGUUCUUCAGCACAUCCUGAUCAGAGCCUUCGACCUCAAUGGGAAGAAGAAUUUUGGGAUCAGCUACCUGUCCCGGGACAAGCAGGGUGUGGAGCUGUAUCAAUUUUUGCUCUCGGACUGGGACCUGGACGCAGCCUUCCUCGGCGCCUCCAAACCCUACCUACAGCUGAAGAUCGAUAUCAAGCCAGCCGAGGACAGCCCCCUGCUGGAGGACUGGGAUAUCAUCAGCCCGAAGGAUGUGAUCGGUACGGACCUCCUGCCAGGAGAGAGGAGGUCUCUUGCUGCUGCUGCUCUGCCCUUCACACAGUCCCUUCUCUCCCAGGUUGGCAAGACCCUGUCCCGGGUGCAGCAGGCUCUCAGCUGGUCCUACACAGAGGAUGUGAAGCCCUUCAAGUCACCACUAAGCGAUGCAGAGUUCCACAGCUACCUGAACCACCAGGGCCAGCUGACCCGACCAGAGGAUCUGAGACUGAGGAUCUACCAUGGGGGUGUGGAGCCCUCCCUCCGCAAGGUGGUGUGGCGUUACCUGCUGAACGUGUACCCUGAUGGUCUGACGGGUCAGGAGCGCAUGGACUACAUGAAGAGGAAGACACGGGAGUACGAGCAGCUGAAGGGGGAGUGGUGCCAGCGGGCCAGCCCUGAGGACCUGGAGUUCAUCCGGGGGAACGUGCUGAAAGAUGUGCUGAGAACCGACCGUACGCACCCUUACUACGCAGGGUCCGAGGACAGCCCCCAUCUCACCGCGCUGACCGACCUGCUCACUACCUACGCCAUCACUCACCCGCAGAUCUCCUACUGCCAGGGUAUGAGUGACCUGGCCUCCCCCAUCCUGGCUGUUAUGGAUAAUGAGGCCCACGCCUUCAUCUGCUUCUGCGGGCUCAUGAAGCGCCUGGAGGGGAACUUCCGGCCGGAUGGCAGCCUCAUGUCCCUGAAGUUCCAGCACCUGAAGCUGCUGUUGCGCCACUCCGACCCCGAGUUCUAUGCCUACCUGGUCUCCCGCGGCGCAGACGACCUCUUUUUCUGCUACCGCUGGCUGCUGCUCGAGCUCAAGAGGGAGUUCGCCUUUGAGGAUGCCCUGAGGAUGCUGGAGGUCACCUGGAGCUCCCUGCCCCCUGACCCUCCAGAGACUGAGGUGGAGCUGCAGGGGCCUGCCUUGGAGGAGAGGGAGGAGGAGAAGGGGAAGGAAGCAAAGGAGAGUGGGGAGGAGAGGAGGGAAAGGAGAGAGUGGCACAUGCUAAGGCCCACCGCCCAGGGUGGGGGAGAGGAAAUGGAAGGACUUGGAGAGGAAAGGGAGAGGGAGUUACUAGAGGAAAGCAGGGUGAGACAUAUGCUAAGUCAUGCUGCCCAGGGCGAGGGUAGUGAGAUAGAGGUGGACAAAGAAGAGAGGAGGGAGAGGCACAUGCUAAGGCCCACCACCCAUGGUGAAGGAGAAGAGAGGAAAAGUGGGGAGACAAGUGACUGGGAUGAGAGGGAGGGGGAGGACACAGGGGAAGAGAGGAGGGAGAGAGACAAAGAUGAAAGUGGGGAGGAGUGGAGGAAGAAGCACUUAUUUAGAUCUGCUGAUCACGAUGAUGGGGACGGUGAUAGGUGGGAGGAGAGGGAGAGGAGUGAGAUGGUUACAACCCUAGUUGAGGGAGAGGAGAGUGAAAGGGAAGGGGGAAUGGAGAGUCCCGGGCUAAGACCUGCCUCCCAGCAUGAGAGAGAGGAGGGGGAAAGAGAGAGGGAGGAGAUUGAGAUGAGGGUGAGAGGAGAUAGGAGAAAGAGGGAAGAGAGGGAAGGCCAAAGGAAGGGUGAGAGCGAGUUGGAGGAGAACGAAAGGAGGUACACACAGAGACCCAACACCCAAGGUGAGGGGGAGGAAGAAGGGAGGUGCGAGCUGAGACCCAACACCCUGGAUGGAAGAGAGGAAAAUGAGAGUGGGGUGACGAAACAGCAAGAGGAGAAGAUAGAGAUAGAAGCAAGAGUGACAGAGAGAAGAGAGGGACUGAGGUGGAACACCCAAGGGGUGAGAGAACGGGAUGGGGAUCCUAAAGAAAAUCCUUCUGAGGAGGCUGAGAGGGUGGGAAAUGUAGGGAGCGACGAACACAAACCAAAUCUAACAGAGAAUUCGUCAGGAGAACUGGAGUGGGGAAUACAAAGGCCCAUAGAGGAUUCUUUCGAGGUGAGAGGAGAGGGAGGAAGCCAAGCAUCCACUGGGGAAGGAUCACUGACAGAAGAACAGAAUAAAGCAGAUGAGAGGAAGGGAGAGGGGGGGCACAGUGUCCUGUCACCGCCACCCCUAGGAAAGCAGUCAAGUUUUGGGGAGUUUAAAUACUACAGCUCCCUGAAUGACAGUUUGGACCUUGAGGAGAGAACAAACUUGAACAAUAUGGACAAUGCGAUCAAUCUGAUAAACGGUUUAAACAGCAGAUUGGAUGAGACUAGAAAGACUCCUAACCCUCCUCUCCUCUCUCGUCACCCCACUGAGGAAAGCGAGGGAGAGCUGAGAGAAGGGGAGAGAGAACCUCUCAUUAAACCGCCAAAUCAACUGCCUGCCUCCCACCCCCUCCCGAUCAGCAACGUCUCCAGGAGAACAACGUCGCCCAGCGGGAGGGUGAGCUCUCCCUCUCUACCCAAUGGGAAACCAGCCUCCCCUUUGCUGGCCAAUGGGAAGCUGGCCUCCCCUUUGCUGGCCAAUGGGAAGGCAGGGUCUCCUUGCCUCUGCGGCGACAGGGAACGAGGAGAGCGCCCAGUCUCUCCCUGCCUGCCCAACUGGCGCACUGCUUCUUUCUCGCUGCCCAAUAGGAAAUCCCCUUCUACGCCAACUGGGCGUCCUUUCCAGCGAUAA